AUGUACAACGUUUACGUAACCAAUAAAUCCGAAAAUGUUGUCUAUGUGAGGUUGAAGUCUCAAGAACUUUCUUCUAUAAACCCAACGUUUCAUCAAGAAUUACACAAGCUGGUGAGAAGGGGCAGAGUGCCGGAUGAAUCCUACAUACAGACAUUCUUAGUACGAUAUGGUUUUAAGUUGAUUCCUUAUCGCGAGACACUGUCUUUUUCAACUGUGGCUUGUAGCGGUAGAGGUGUAACCCGCAUCUUGUACGCUUCUUUGUAUGCCCGGUCAGAAUUGUGGGCUAUGGAUGAAGAAGUCGAUUUCCUCAGAUUUGGAUGCCUGUUUGUCAGAAGUCAUUAUGUGUCGGUACUUAAAACUAGUUUUAGUUUUAAACAAGUUAACCCUGAGCCAGUUUGGAUUGGAGCAAAAAGCGGUGAUCCCGUUCCGACAAACAUCAUCAAAGCAUCCAGCGGUUUGGAAGCAGAGUAUUUUGGUCGGUUGACGAAUGGCGUGCCAUGUGGUGUGACUGUUACCGCAAAUAAUAAGUGCAGCAGGUGGAAUACAAGAGACGGGCCUCCUCGGAUAUCUGGUGAUAUCCUGCGAGAUACUGGCCAUCAACUAUAUCGAGUUAAAAUUGGUGAUCCCGUGCCUCCUAACGCUGUGAUUGUUGGCUUAAGUAGUUCUCUUGGGUCGCUCUACCUCGGGAGAGUUGGUGGUAAAGUGCCGUGCUCAGUCAGCGCGGUGGAUGGAAAAAUUAAACAUUUUCUCCGGGCUAACAACGUAGAACGAAAUGGAAGUGCGAGUGGUGAAAUCCUUGUUCUGACAAACGGCAUUGCUGCUUGA